AUGCAGUUAACCCAAUCAGAGACGUUGCUCCACGUGCACUGCCACUGCAGCCCCCACGUAGUCGGCAGUUGCGCCACAACGCAGUUGUCGAGAGACAUGCCGCGGCCUCCAGCCUGCUCGGGGAAACGAGUAGUAGUAUGUCCCGGGAUUGUCGUGACAUACGAGACUGGCGUCAUUGUGGAUGUGAACGUGCCCUUCGAAAACGACUUCGAGGCACUCAAGAAUGCGAGGCUCGGGAAAAUCGCACCAGCUCCUCGCAGACGCGAUGCUUGGGAACGGUUAAAUUGUGCAUAUAGACGGCUCGUCGCCAUGGGUACCUGGCACCAGUAUAACAAGAAUGUAAACAUG